ACGAUUCAAAUCACAUGACGCUUCCAUCCUUGUCAGCUGACGCCUGACGGAACUGUAGUUUAGUGCUGCAGCGUAUUUCUCACUGAUAUAACUAAAGUAGUGAAUAGUUUAGAUUAGUAGUUUUAAAGUUAGUCUAAUUCAAUCGUUCCCGUGACAAAUCCCUCUUCAGAUCGCAGUCAGUGCCUUAAAAACAACUUUAAAACAUGGCGCUCAGCGAUGCCGCGGUACAGAAACAGAUCAAACACAUGAUGGCCUUUAUUGAGCAGGAAGCCAAUGAGAAGGCAGAAGAAAUUGAUGCAAAGGCAGAAGAAGAGUUUAAUAUUGAAAAGGGACGACUGGUACAGACUCAAAGACUGAAGAUAAUGGAGUACUAUGAGAAGAAAGAGAAACAGAUUGAACAGCAGAAGAAAAUCCAGAUGUCGAAUUUGUUGAACCAGGCAAGACUGAAGGUGCUCAAAGCCCGCGAUGACAUGAUUAAGGAUCUCCUAAACGAUGCACGGCUACAGUUGGCCAACAUUGCCAAAGACCCAAAACAGUACCCAACACUGCUGGAGGGGCUGGUGUUACAGGGAUUUUAUCAGCUGCUGGAGCCCAAGGUUAUAAUCCGGUGCAGAAAGGAAGAUGUAGCGAUGGUUCAGGCAGCCGUUCAGAAAAACAUCCCCAUCUACAAAGAGGCUGUAAAGUGUAAUAUUGAGGUGCGCAUCGACGAAAACAACUUCCUGUCCCCUGACAUUUCAGGAGGUGUUGAAGUCUAUAACGCUGAUGGAAAGAUCAAGGUGUCCAACACACUGGAAAGCAGACUAGAUCUUCUAGCCCAACAGAUGAUGCCUGAAAUCAGAGUCACUCUGUUUGGUGCCAACCCAAACCGCAAGUUUAUGGAUUAAUGGACUGUUACACACUUUAGUUGGGAGAACGGUGAAAUUCAAAAAACAUGAUAAAGUGAUGAGGUCUGAUGGGAUGUUUUAAAAAAAUUAAGGUCACUUUGUGGAUUUUCUGAAGUGAAAAACUAUUCUUGUUGCAUUUCUGGAUAUUCAAUUUAUUGUCAUGCUCUCUUUCUUGUGUGUUUUUGCAAUUCCUCUUGGAAAACAAGCCCAAAGAAAGGCUUUGAAAUUGAAAGGCUUAUCAUGUGUGCUUGUGUUACCUUAUACCUCUCCUUUGAGUGUUUAUUUAGCGCUUUCUGUUUAAAUAUCAUGUCACUGGUAGGGAAAGUGGACUCCUGACAUCUUAUCUCAAGCUGUUUGAACAAAAAGCUAUAAGCACUCAGGAAUUUACAUUGUUAUUGCCUUGAAUGUUGUUAGCUAAGCUAGCAGCCUAACAGGUUUUCCCUGGACAAGGGACAUCCUCAUUUUUAAUGUCUUAAAAACAUGGAUGCCUCUGUGGUUUUCUGUGUAUUUUCAUUUGUAGUUCAAUUUCAUUCUACUACAGAUAAAUAAAUCAAAUAUAUUUUAUUUA